AUGGAUAAAAUCCAGUGUGCCCUUAAGGAUGCUGAAUCGAAAGAUAAAGAAGACCUAGAGAAUAAUCCGAUUAGAAAGGAAGAAAUAAUCGAUAAAUGCACGGAACUUGAUCACGACAAAUUAGUAAAACUAACUAAAGAAACAAUUUAUAAUAUAAUUGAGAAUGAUCCGUUGCUUUUUGGUCUGCCGGCGGAUGUUACUAUCGAGGAACUCAAAGCUCAAAUCGCAGUUGCACAAGGACAAGCGAUUACUUUAUAUCUGAAUCGUGGUGAAUUACCAAAACUUGGAAUUGUGGUAUCUCCUCAUAAUACUACAGUCUUGGAUCUCAAGAAAGCCAUAAAACGUCAUACAACUUUAUCUUUAAAGAGAGAGAAAGUUAAGAAAAAAAUAAGCUGGAGGCAUGUUUGGAAAAAGUAUCAUCUAUGUUUCGGGAAUGUUAGAUUGAUAAAUGACAAUGAAAAUAUAAAAGCUUAUGGAAUCACAAAUAAAGCGGAAUUACAUUAUGUAAAACGACGCAGGGAGAAAAAUAAACUGAUGAAACACUCUUAG